ACAGCAGGAGACAGCUGGGAUGGACAGAGGGACGGACUGAGGGACACACAGCAGGACUCUGUCUGUAGCAUCCAGCACAAGCUGAGAAAUGGUAAUCACCAUUACAGUAACCAAUAAGACCCCUUACACCUGGUACCACUCUUAUGAUAAAGACCAGAGUGGGACAAAACUGAAGCCACAUGAUACAAAAACAGGAGAAUGGCCUUUAGGAUUUUCGUUGUUAAAAUAUCCAUUCCGAUUGUUUGAUGCUGUUUUGGACAGAGGCGUCUACCUUAGCUAUGGAAACCACUCCAAAUGGGACCUUCAAUCUGACAAUCGCAUUGAUGAUUUCACUGUAACAGAGAGCGAUGAUCGAGAACACUUUGAGCUGGUCAACAGUUCUGAUGAAGUGGUUGACCGCUGUCCCAACUAUGCAAGAAUCGAAGAAGAGAAACGGGAAAGAGAAGAACGCAAAAGACGGCAACAAGAAGAGAAACGUCAGAGGGAAGAAGAGGAGCAGAGGCGCCAGGCAGAGCUGGAACGAGAAAGAAAGAUCCAAGAGGAGACAAAGAGGAGACAAGAACAGGAACGCCGAGAAUGGGAACGUCGAGAACGUGUAAGACGAGAACAAGAAAGGCAAGAACGUGAACGACGAGAAUGGGAACAACGAGAACGUGAACGACGAGAAAGGGAACGACAAGAACAGGCAAGACGGGAACUUGAAAGGCAAGAACAGGAAAGGCAAGAACGUGAACUACAAGAAUGGGAACAAUGGAAGAAACGACAAAAAGAACUGCAGAGAAAAAGGCAAGAAGAGGAGAAAAGACGCCUGGCAGAGAUGGAGCAAGCCAGGAGAAUCCAAGAGCAAAUUGACUGGGAGAACAAAGCCUCCAAGAGAAAGAUCAGAAAAGCUCAGGAAAGACUUCAAGAGCAGGAACAAGCCAAAGCUCAAGAACACCAGCAGCAAAAGACUGAAGUGCUGUACCAGCUGCUGGACGAUCAUACAGCUUACAUAGAGAGAGAUGAGUUCGGAGAUGUGCAGCAACGAUUUGAAGAACUUCUGUCAAGCUACCAAAUCAAAGAGAAAGAAAAGUCAAAGAUGAACCUUGAAGACAGAAUGAAGUUUCUCCAAAAUGUGCUGAUGUUAAAUUACCUAGAACAACAGAACAUCCCCAUCUGGUCACAGUGGGCUUUGGAUCAGGCCACUGGAUACGUGGACCUGUCCCUGACCGAGCGCUUCAGUGUUCUGGAGGCUGUGGUCAAGGUUACUCUGGAGGGUGAGCCUGAUUUUCAGCUUGAGCACAGAACAGGACAAGACAAAAAAAACAUAUUCUUUCUCAGUUUGGAAGAUCAGCUGCAGAUUUCUAAUCCAACUCUAGCCAGACGGGUUUUAGUAAAUAUUCUUGAAAUUACUUCAAAGUUGCCAAAACAAGGCAAGGAAAUCCUCAGUCAAAUACUUUUCAACAACAUCUGGACUCCAAAAGAAAUCAAGCUGUUCAUUGGACGAACGUUGGGCAUGGAUCAGGAAAAAGUCUCAAACAUCCUUCACUGGGUAUGCACCUAUAGGUUAAGCUGCAUAAUGGCUGUCACUGCACUGAAUCACAAGAAUCCCAUAGGAUAUAUUCAAGAUUGUAUGUCAUGUGAGGAGGACAAAGAUCAUGAGACUAUCCUUAGUGAAAUGAAGGAAAAUAACUAUCCAGAAGAUCUCCUGUCACAACUGGAAGACACUCUUCAAUACGUUGAGGCCGUGUUGCCCAGAUGUAAAGGAGUGGACCUAGAGUCAGACGUGAUUGAAGACUGUAAAAGGUGGAUAGUUUCAAUAGAUUUUUCCAACCCUAACACUGACAUGUUAAAGAGCAUCCUCAUUGUCAUGUCCAUAGCUGUGAAGACAUGCACAGCCUUCAUCACCUCCAGUGGAAAGAGCGUUCAGGGAUACUUUCCCAGACUGACUCAGCUUGCAUCAUUACUGCUACUGCUGCUACAGCAGUCCCAGGACAAACGAGGAUGCCUCUUGGAAAUCGGAACCGGUGAGGGUAAGACCUGCAUCUUAGCCAUGUUUGCCACCAUCCAGGCGAUACGAGGUACUGCGGUGGAUGUUGUGACCAGCUCCCCUUUGCUUGCCAUUCGUGAUCAAGAGGAGUGGAAAAAACUCUAUACAAUGUUUGGUGUGACCUCAUCAACUGUUCCUCCACAACACCAAACUAAAAGUUCCUUUGAAGACCAUGACAAGCUGCUUGAAGAAGCUUAUUCUAUGCAAGUAGUUUAUGGCACUGUUUGUACUUUUGCUGCAGACAUACUGAGGCAAGAGUUUGAGAAGAAAACAACUCGAGGACAGAGAAAGUUUGACUGUGUUAUUGUGGAUGAAGUGGAUUACAUGACGUUGGACAGUGGAGUCCAGGUAACCUUCUUGUCACAUCAAGCCAGUGGGCUGAGACACCUGGAACAAGUCCUAGCAAGCAUCUGGGCCUUGAUGUCUUCCUGCCGUCCGAUAGAAAUAUUUGAAACAGGCGAGAUCCAAUGGGGAACUAGGAUCCAGUACUGUCACAAGGUUGCCAAGCAAGCUGUGGUUGGCUCAGAAUCAGACUUUUCAGAAGAUGACAUACUGUUGCUGGGUGUGGAGCUGGGCCUUUAUUCUCAGCAGGAUCUCAAUAAAGUAAAUGAAGCAAUGAGUCAAACUCAGACAGAGAAAGGCAGCUCUGAAGAUCCCACAUUGCAAGUCAUUGGAACCAUCAUGGCCAAGUUGGGACAUCAGCAGCAGCAUGAGCUGUUCAGGAAACUUGAGACAGAAGUGCUUGAUGGCGUGGUGGUGGACUGUUACUCACUAGUAAACAAUAAAGCCAAACGCUACGGUAAAGACGAUUCUCCCGCAGACCCUGAUGUGAAGAUACUUCUUCUGCAGAAUGGAUGUGCCUGUGAAAUCAUGUCUGAGAAAUCACUCAUUGAAUCAACUCUUGAAAAACUGAAAUCCAAAAUAAGAUUUUCUGGUGAGUGCUCGUUGAAGUCAGUGGAGGAAACUCAGGGAUAUAUUGUGAUUCCAUCUUUCUUAAAAGAGUAUGUUGAGAACCAGUUGCCCAUUUUUGCAGAGAAUGCCUUGAGAGCCAUUCAGAUGGCGCUAGACAGAGAGUACAUGAUUGAAAAGACACCAGAGGUUGACAGGCCUGGUUUCUGUAGUGAGCACUCUCAUCACUACGAUGCCAUAAUUCCUGUAGACUUCCAGGCCAGUGGGGUACUAGAGAAAAACAAGCGCUGGGGUGAGGGCCUGCAACAGUUUUUGGAGAUGAAACACCAACUGGCAAUUUCACAAUUAUCUAACGUCACAAACUACAUGUCAAAUGUCCACUUCUUUAAAAAGUACCUGACAGGCAAAGGGAUUUUUGGAGUCUCUGGGACAUUAGGGGGCGAAGCAGAGAAAGCAUUUCUAAAACGGCAGUACAAAGCAGCCAGUUACAUCAUUCCAGCUCACCGUCAUAAAAAGCUUGUAGAACUGCCAGCAGUUCAGGUUUCUGGAGGAAAAACUGAGUGGAUCCAGGUCAUCUGCGAGACCACAUGGAGAGCUGCAGACAGGGGGCAGGUUGUUUUAAUUAUCUGUGAGGAUGUCAAGACUGCCAAGGAGCUGAAAAGUAAAAUACAGGUUCAAAAAAGACACGCUGCUGAGAUCAGCAUGUACACAAUCAGUGAAAAGCACAACAUUGAAAAGGAGACUUUCAGGAAGGGACACAUCAUCAUAGCUACAAACCUUGGAGGCAGAGGAACAGACAUAAAUGUUCACCAAGAAGUCAAUGAGUGUGGAGGUCUCUUUGUGCUUCUCACAUACUUCCCUGGAAGUCACCGUGUAGAGAGACAGGUGUGUGGACGCACUGCCCGCAAAGGAAACCCAGGAAUGGCACAGAUGAUACUUAACCGGGAUCUUCUAGCACCAGCAUACCAAGGCCACUCAGUGGAAACCAUGAGAAAACUCAGAGAGGAGUAUGAAGUCAGACGUUUGGAUGGUAUGGAGAAAAAUGAGCUGCUUCAAAUUGAACUGAAGGAAAGUCUGUUCUCCACAUUUUGUGAGUUUCUCUGUGACUUUGACAAGCACUACACAGAAGAGGAGAGAAGGGAUAUCAAAAAGCUGAAAUCAAAAGAUCUUCCUGAGUGUUUUAGGAGCCAUCGUCAAAAGUUUGAUUAUGAGACUGCGAUCAAUGCUUUGAAAGAAUCAUGGGCCUUGUGGCUCAUCCUCCAUGAAGAGCACUUCAGCAGGCAUGAUGAUAGCCACCUCCUGAAAGAAAACCUUAUGAAGGAGUUGAAGAAGACUGCAGAUCAAAUCUUAAAGGGGAGGAGCAACAAUUUCUAUGACUACAUUAAACUGGCAAAAAGCAGAACUGACAUACACCGCAGCAACAAAAAGGAAAGCGACUUUGGAGCAUUGCUGUACUGGCAGAGUGCUGUGCAGUGCGAUCCUUUCUACUGUGCUGUGGCACUUUAUAACCAGGCGUACAUCACAGUCAACCUGCAAAGGAGCGGCUACAAAGAGGAAGCAAAGCAGUUAUUAGAAAAAGCAAAGACUGCUGUGAAUGUGUACCUGUCAGAGUCAACAAACAUCAUGAUGUUUUGUAAUUUCGCUGUGGCUCAUGACUUUUUACCCCACCACAAAGACAGCAACCUGCAGAACCAAAUGAAAGCCAGAAUGAGUGUCUUCAAAUGUUGGAAAGGAUACAUUGAAAAUGCCCUGAAAGCCCUCCAGCACAUUGAGAAUAGCAAAGGAGAGGCUAUCUUAGAAGACUCCAGUGUUUACAGCCUUUCCAAAGACAAAGACCCCAUCACCACGAAUGAACUAAUGGUGCUUCAUGAGUUUGGUCUCUGCAUCGUGUUUGAGGUUAAAAAGAAGCCAGAGUUUUCCAUCGAUGCCUUUCUUUGUUUUUGUCUAGGAGUUGUCCAAGUGAUAGCAGGUGUCCUUGUUUGUGCUCUGUCCUAUGGAAGCGCCAGCCAGUUUGGGCUUGGACUCAUCAGUGAAGGGGUUUCUGACAUGAUUCACGGCAUAAAGGGAAUGAUACAAGGAAGCUUUGACUGGGCGGAGUGGGCAAUCUCCAAAGCCAUUAGCAUUGGGGUGUCUCUGGUCUUUGGUGGACUGAGCAAACUCAAGGGAGCUGUAAGGGCUGUACGAAGUGGUGCCAAAGGUCUGGUUGCUGGGGCUAAAUGUAGCUCCGUCCUCACAGUAAAAGAGUGCUGUAAACAUGCAGGGAAAUAUGCUGUUCAAGAACUGGCAAAGCAGGGAUGUGUAGCUGUGCUGAGCUACACUGUCAGCAAUGCACUUCCAGCUGUGUUUGAAAGGAUUCUGAAUGAGGCCUUCAGGGAUAAAGUCUUUAAGAUGAUAAAAUCUAAUAGCCGCCUGGAUUCUGCUCUCACAAACUUCAUUUGUUCAACAGUACCAAAGACGGCCAUGGAGCAAAACUUCACCAACUUCACAAUAGACAUGAGUUGUGAGAAUGAAAUCCGUCUAUCAGUGGACACGAUGACGCGAGACAUAAUCCCUGACCUGAUGAUGGACUGCACCCAGGUUGCUAAAGUUCUUGAUACCCUGUCAGAGGUCUGUGGUUCUGUGGCACGGCACAUGGAGAAACAGAAAGAGAUGAAAGUGUUGAUGAAGAUUUUGGAGUCAGCUCAGUAUAUCAAACUCUGUGUAGAAAUCUUGAAUUCAUUUCCCACAGAAGACGUCAUUCAUAAAACCUUUGUGCCUGGGUUGUUGAAAAGCCUGGAUCAGCUGCCGCAGGAAAAGUAUGACAAGGAUGGAAGGCACUCAUUAGCUGAUGUGAAAAGGCUUAAAAAAGACCUUCUCCACAUUAUAGCUACAAGUGUUUCAGAGUCAUUUGUUGAAGCUUGUUCAAGACACAUGACCUCCAUCAUCACCAGAACCUGCAUGACUCGCAUAAACAGCGCUGCUAGUAGUGCUGUUGGGAACCUACUGGGCAGGGCUAAUACUCAAAGUUUUUUUGACAACCAGCUGUAUAAACACCAAAUGAAGGAGGCCAUCCGCAGACCAUGUGAAUCUCUAUCAGAGGAGGGCAAACAGGACCUUCAUUGUUACAUAGAGGAGGUUUGUGAUGUUGAUCGUCCUGCUUCAGCUUUGGACAUCCAUGUCCUCACUCAAAGUGACGCUCUCCAAGGCAAAGGCAUCAGAGUUAUAGUUGUGGACAAAGAUAGGAAGAAGCUUUCUGAGGAUUACUUUCCAGGAAAGGACAGUUCUGCAGGUGAUAUCGUCCUCCAACUGAGCAAAGACCCAGAAACACAAAAACAGACGUUUGCAGAACGGCUUGCUGGUGAAACGAGGCCCUACAGCGGACAUUUCGACAUUGUGAAGCCAGACGGCGCUGUGAUUCCCGUGAACUCUGCAGAUAUGAACUGCUUCUAUCAUGCUGUGGUCCAGGCCACCAGCUGCAGUACCGUUGACCACAAACAGAGGGCAGUGCAGCUUCGAAAUGAAAUGAAGGAUCUGCUGCUUCAGGACACAGGCAAGUUCGCAGCAGCCGUCAACCUGCAGAGAGGAUAUGAAGAAACCCACAGAUACCUGAAUAAGUACAUCAUCAGUGGAGGAGGCAGGAAGACGCAGCAAGUCAUCAAAAAAAACUUCCAGGACAAACUAAACACAACAGACAUGCAGGAUGUCCAGGAGCUUGAGGCCAAUCUGAUAAAAACUUACGACCUGGGUCUGGUUGGAAGGUUUGAUGACAUCAAGGGCCUGCGGAGGACAAACAGACCCAACGCCGAUAACAACAACCGGAGCUGUCCUGUGAAUGCAGACCACAUCCCACCUAUCAACGCCUUCCAGAAAGCUCAUGAGAUGCUGCAGAAACCAGAGAACGAAGCCCUGAGGGACAGGCUGAAAACAAAGCAGCCUGAGCUUUACGCCAUGAUUGAUAAAACCGGAAAGCGAGGGCUCUGCAGAGAGGUUCUCACCGAACAUCACAAGCAGGCGCUGACCACCGGAAACAGCAAGGGGUCUCACAGAAUCAGGGAGAAGCUCGCUGAAGUUCUGGUUUCUGGUGAUGCUCAUAAAGCAAUGAAGAUGUCCUUAAUAGCGGCCAAUCCAGAGAUGUCGGAGUCUCUCCGGAGAGAUGCAGGAAUUUAUCAGCAAAACAAAAGACCUGAUGUCAUGUCCACCAAAGCCAUCAGGACGUAUCACGGCAUUGGAGACAGACUGCUGUUGGAUAAAUACUGUGAGAUGGGAGUCAUCGACCAGAGCUCUAAGGAUGAUCUUCGUCAGUGGACAAAGUCCCAGCUUUACUCCAGGAAUUCAGCAGAAUAUCAUGAACUGCUGGAAGUGCUGAAGCCGUUUGCUCAACACCAGAAACGCCUUUAGAUGUACAUUCAUCUAACUAUUAACACUUAUAUAUACGAAACCAAUUCCUAGAGUCCAGCCUAUGUGUAACGAAUUGGUCUGAAUUGUUCUAAAAUUUGUAAAUAUAGCAGUAAGUGAGGAGAGGCAUUUUAAUAUAUGUUCGUUUUAAAUACUUUUUGUAAACAAAUUCGUUUUAAAAAUAAAAUAAACUAAAGAAUAAGCCAAGAAAAUGAGGAAAUGGAGGAUUGUGAAAAUAAUGUAUUGGCAAAUAAAUAGUUGACUAAUUGAAAAACUAACUAAAUAACUAACUAGAUAAAUAAAUAUAGGAAUAAGUAGAUAAAUAUGAUAAAUGAAAAACUAUCUGAAAGCUGGAACAAAAGUCGAAGAAGAAAACAAGGAACAAACAGGAAUGUGAAACAUAAAAAUAAGAGGGGAAUAAGAAUGUUUUAUAAAGGAAGAGGAAGCAGUUUUAAUGUCUGCAGGAGGAGAUAAGCAUGCCAAAGUGGAAGGAGACGCCAGCCACUUCCAGAGAGCUGGAAACACCCAAAGGCUAACGGUGGAAGUUUGUGACCCAGAGAUACGGAAACUGCGCUCAAGACUUCACAUGCAGAAAUAUAGGACAUUGCACUGUAUAGAAAAGAUAGAUAAUGUCAUGAUCUGUGUUUUUCUGUGUAUUUAUUUCGAGUUUCUGUGUCCUUGAGUCUCUUCAUUGUCCUGUUCUCCCCUUG